UAUGGUUCUAUUCAUAAGUGUGAUCUUUCAAUCUUUGAGAUUUCUGUGAUUCUUAUUAAUUCGAAUAUUAUUCAUUUAAAUUUGCGUAUUAGAAAAGUUUGAAUAAUGGCUGCUAUAAGUUUAUUAAACCCUAAAGCUGAGUUUGCUAGAGCGGCACAAGCUUUAGCAGUAAAUAUUUCAGCUGCUAAAGGCAUUCAAGAUGUAAUGAAAACUAACCUCGGACCUAAGGGUACAAUGAAAAUGCUGGUGUCGGGUGCUGGUGAUAUUAAAAUAACGAAGGAUGGCAAUGUUCUGCUGCACGAGAUGCAAAUCCAACACCCAACAGCCUCGCUCAUUGCCCGCGCCUCCACCGCGCAAGAUGACGCGACUGGCGAUGGUACCACGUCUACCGUGCUGUUGAUAGGAGAACUCUUGAAACAAGCUGAUAUUUAUAUCAGUGAAGGACUUCAUCCAAGGAUCUUAACCGAAGGGUUUGAUGUUGCUCGAACAAAAGCACUAGAAGUAUUGGAAUCAUUAAAGAUUCCAAUUGAAGUGAAGAGAGAAAAUCUUCUCGACGUUGCUCGUACAUCGUUAAAAACAAAGGUACAUGUCAGUUUGGCUGAAAUUUUGACGGAUGCCUGCGUAGAUGCAGUCCUUGCUAUACGUACACCUGGUAAGCCGGUAGAUCUUCACAUGGUGGAGCUUAUGGAGAUGCAGCACAAAACUGCCACUGAAACGUCUCUGAUCAAAGGUAUUGUAAUGGACCACGGCGCUCGCCAUCCCGACAUGCCGAAGCGUGUUGAGAACGCUUAUAUACUAACAUGCAACGUUUCCCUCGAGUACGAGAAGACUGAAGUUAAUUCAGGUUUCUUCUACAAGUCUGCAGAAGACAGAGAGAAACUCGUUGCCGCUGAAAGAGAUUUUAUUGAUCAGAGAGUCAAGAAGAUUAUUGCUUUAAAGAAGAAGCUUUGUGAUGGCACCAACAAAUCUUUUGUUGUCAUCAAUCAAAAAGGUGUUGAUCCUCUGUCGUUAGAUGCUUUUGCCAAGGAAGGUAUAAUUGCACUGCGCAGAGCAAAGAGACGUAACAUGGAACGUUUAUCGCUCGCAUGCGGCGGAACAGCAAUGAACUCGGUUGAUGACCUCACCGAGGAAUGUCUUGGGUUUGCCGGACUCGUGUACGAGCAUAUCCUAGGCGAAGAAAAGUACACAUUUGUCGAAGAAUGUAAGAAUCCUCAGUCUGUAACCAUUCUCAUCAAGGGACCCAAUAAACAUACCCUGAUUCAAAUCAAAGAUGCAGUACGUGACGGUCUUAGGGCGAUUAACAACGCUAUUGAAGACAAAUGCGUCAUACCUGGUGCAGGUGCAUUUGAAAUUAAAGCCAAUAUGGAACUACUUAAAUACAAGGAUACGGUAAAAGGAAAAGCUCGUCUCGGCAUACAGGCAUAUGCUGAAGCAUUACUAGUUAUCCCCAAGACGCUCGCUGUAAACUCGGGCUACGAUGCUCAGGACAUUAUAGUCAAACUACAAGAGGAGUCGCGCUUAAGUCCAGACCCAGUGGGGCUAGACCUUAGCACUGGUGAGGCUAUCAAGCCAAACGAUUUGGGCAUUUACGAUAAUUACAUUGUGAAGAAACAAAUUCUGAACUCAUGCUCUGUGAUAGCCAGCAACCUCCUCCUAGUUGAUGAAAUCAUGAGAGCGGGCAUGUCGAGUCUCAAGGGGUAGCUCCUGCUAAACCUUAAAGCCUACUUUCACAAAUUUCUUUUACUUAUUAAUAAUAUAUUAUUCCUUAUGCAUUUAUUGCGCAAUAAAAUUGUAUUAAUUUCCUUGUAUUCACACUAUUGAUUAUAAACUAAUGUCUGCUUUGAGAGCUUGUAAUGGUGUCUUGAUCUGUAUUCUAACUAGAAUAUUUGACUUCUAUGAAUAUAAUAAUUAUUUACUA